UUAUCUUUUUCAAAAGCCCCCGCCUUUUCCCGAACUCCACUAUAACAGAGGCAAAGCUCUCUCUCUCUGACCACGACUUGCGAAGAAAGCAGCUCUUACACUUGCAGGGUCGGAGCCACGAUCAAGAGGUGUGCAAUUCCGUCAUCAGUCCGUGCUUUACGAGCUCAGUUUCACGAUUUUUCUCUGAGACCAAGGCCGCGCAUGGCAGCAACCAAGAUGAGUUUGAAGCUUCUUGUUGACCAGAGAAACCAGGCCGUGCUCUUUGCCGAAGCCGGAAAGGACUUCGUGGAUUUCCUUUUCAAUUGUCUUGCUUUGCCAGUUGGAACUAUCGUGAGUCUUCUCCCUAAAACAGGUGAGGCGGGUAGCUUGCACAAUCUUUAUGCGAGUGUCGAGAAUCUCAGCGAGACAUACAUUGAACGUAGAGAGAAAGAGGCUCUGUUGAAUUCCAAGGCGCGGACCGGUCCAGAUGGUCUGCGCUUAUUGUUGCCCGACGCUCCAGCUUCAGCGCCAGUAGACUACUACACUUGCGCUCGUAAUGAUGGUGGUUAUUAUGGAACUCCAUUCUGUAGCUUGGUGACGGAUUCCCCUUGUACGAGAUGUCCUAAUUGCAGCAAUUCGAUGAGCAAGAAACUGUCAUGGGUCGCGGGACCAGCUGUUGGUGCCACAUCCACGGCCAAGGUACCCGGUGGGGAGGGUGGCUAUGUGACAGGCAUCGUCACAUACAUGGUGAUGGACGAUCUGGUUGUGAAGCCCAUGUCCACCAUCUCUUGCAUUACUCUCCUCAACAGGUUCAAUGUGCACGAAAUCGGGGAUCUCAAAGAGAAGGUGAUCGACUUCGGCUUGGACGAGGCCAUAAAGCUGUUGACCGCUUCUUUGCACUCCAAAACGGUUCUCACAGACAUAUUCAGCGGGGUUCUCACAGACUGACUCAGCAGGGAACUACGUCAUUGAAACGCUACUCUUCAACUUCAGAAACACUCCGUUCAUAUGGCUUGCUGGGGUUCCUGCUACUUUGUAAGAAGCUGACGAAGCUAUUCAAUCCGUGAUGUGAAAUUAGUCUCUAUUAUAUAUUAGCUUACUAAGAAAUUACUUCCUGAGUGAUGAUCGAUCUGUGGUACUAUGGUGUCUAAGACAAAGGUUGCCUCUAAUGUACACAUACUUGUCAUGUCACGCGAAUGUGUUUUAUGUGCAUUUAUCCUUUGGUUCAAGAAAUUAAUGGAUUUACUAUGA